CUCUCAACCUCAAAAUCGCUGUCUUGCAGUCUCUGCACCCAUCAUCCCUCUAUAUGUCCUCUUCCUAUAACCUGUCACACCAUCAAACUCAGUCCAUAAUACACUCUCAAUAACAUCUCUCCCCUUAUAUUUUUUUGCCAAGCCCCUCUCAUCAACUCAAUCUCAAUCUCUCUCAAGGGGAUGUCUCUUUUUUAGUUCCUUUGCAUUUGACACAUGGCCUUCCCUCCUCAGCAUAGUUUCAUGUUCCAAUCCCAUGAAGACUCUCAUGACCAUCUCCCUUCUCCAGCCUCCCUCAGUUCCCUCCCCUCUUGCCCUCCUCAAUUCUUCCAUGGUGCACCGUUUAUGAUGAAGAGAUCGAUGUCGUUUUCUGGGGUUGACAAGUGUGAAGAUGUGCAUGGAGACGAAGACUUGUCUGAUGACGGAUCACAGAUGGGGGAGAAGAAGAAGAGGCUCAACUUGGAGCAAGUUAAGGCUCUAGAGAAGAGCUUUGAGUUGGGAAACAAGCUUGAACCUGAGAGGAAAAUGCAGCUGGCUAGGGCUUUAGGCCUGCAACCAAGACAGAUAGCUAUCUGGUUUCAGAAUAGGAGGGCUAGAUGGAAGACUAAACAGUUGGAGAAAGAUUAUGAAGUUUUGAAGAAACAGUUUGAAGCUCUCAAGGCCGAUAAUGAUGCCCUUCAAUCUCAGAACAAGAAGCUUCAUGCGGAGUUACUUUCUCUGAAAAAGAAAGGUCCAAAUGAAGUUAAUCUUAAGAAAGAAACUGAAGGGUCAUGGAGCAAUGGUAGUGACAAUAGUUCUGAUGUCAACUUAGAUAUCUCAAGAACACCAGUAAUAACCAGUCCAGCGUCUUCUCAUUUAAGCAGCAAACAACUCUUUCCCUCAUCAAUUAGGCCAACAAACAUGACUCAACUUCUCCAUCAAGGCUCAGCAAGACCAGACCUUCAGUGCCUAAAAAUGGAUCAAAUCGUUCAAGAGGAAAACUUCAGCAACAUGUUCAAUGGAAUUGAAGAGCAGCAAGGGUUCUGGCAAUGGUCUGAGCAACAAAAUUUCCAUUAAACCAAGUCAUGUCAUGUCAUGUCACGUCUCAGAAAAAAAACUCAAUACAUAACAACCAUUACUUGAUGAUUCAGCUAUGGCUUAGUGAGGUUAUUAAGAGGAAAAUUAGAAGUUGUCCUCAUGAAUUUCAGUUCAUGUAUGGGUAAUAGAUCAUUAUAAAUGGUGUAUAGAACUGAACAUAUUGGGCUGAAAAUCAGUAUGGGGAAUAGGUUGGCUACGAAUAAUACACUUUUUCCUUCCCAUACAUUGAUGAAUUGUGAUACAUUUGCUAGGUUGGAUCAUAGUAUAAUUUUUAUUUUAUUUUAUUUUUCUUAUUUUUGAAUAAGGUACAUGUGCCAGUGAGUGGUUUUCCAGCUCUGGCAUGUAGCAUG